GGAGCCAAGCGAGCAGCGGGCGGGCCGGGGAGCGCGGCGGGGAGGCGGCCUGCCCCAUGGCCCGCCCCUCGCCCUUGUUUCCCUGUCACCUCCCCUGAGCGAGUGGAACCCAGCCUGGCCGGUCUGAGCCAUGCAGAAGACGAGGCUACUGUUAGGUCGCUCUGCGCGGGCGUGGAGGUCGGUGCGGAUGGCCAGCUCCGGGGUGACCCGCCGGGACCCGCUGGCGAAUAAGGUGGCCCUCGUAACGGCCUCCACCGACGGGAUCGGCUUUGCCAUCGCCCGGCGCCUGGCCCAGGACGGGGCCCACGUGGUGGUCAGCAGCCGGAAGCAGCAGAACGUGGACCGGGCUGUGGCUGCGCUGCAGGCGGAGGGGCUGAGCGUGACGGGCACCGUGUGCCACGUGGGGAAGGCGGAGGACCGGGAGCGGCUGGUGGCCACGGCUGUGAAACUUCACGGAGGUAUUGAUAUCCUGGUCUCCAAUGCUGCUGUCAACCCUUUCUUCGGAAGCCUAAUGGACACCACUGAGGAGGUGUGGGACAAGAUUCUGGACAUUAAUGUGAAGGCCACAGUCCUGAUGACAAAGGCGGUGGUGCCGGAAAUGGAGAAACGAGGAGGCGGCUCAGUGGUGAUCACGGCCUCCGUAGCAGCCUUCAGUCCAUUUCCUGGCCUGGGCCCUUACAAUGUUAGUAAAACAGCAUUGCUGGGCCUUACCAAGAACCUGGCCAUAGAGCUGGCCCCAAGGAACAUUCGGGUGAACUGCCUGGCACCUGGGCUUAUCAAGACUAGCUUCAGCAGUAUGUUAUGGAUGGACAAGGCAAAAGAGGAAAGCAUGAAAGAAACCCUUCGGAUAAGUAGGAUAGGCAAGCCAGAGGAGUGUGCAGGUGUUGUGUCUUUCAUGUGCUCUGAAGAUGCCAGCUACAUCACUGGGGAGACAGUGGUGGUGGGUGGAGGAACCCCAUCCCGCCUCUGAGGACCUGGAGACAGCCCAGAGGGUGGAGGUGGGCUCCAGUUCUUGGGUGCUGUUCCAGCAUUCAUCCCCUGGGCUCUCCCACCUCUGCUCAUCAUACUGCUCUCCUCACAAAAUCAGUCUGCCCUGUGACAAGAUCCAGCCUUCCCUGCGGUCAAGGUGGGGUCUUAGGACGAUUCCCACUGUUGCUGUGGCCUUGAAUAAAGGCUUCCCCUGAGAACACAGGGCAGACUUGCUGAGAAGGCUGAGUCUACCUUGGCAAAAACCAACAUUUUUUUUUUUUUUUCUGGGCCUCGGGGGAAUUGGGAAGAUGGGGAAAGAAGGAUCCUGGAGUGGAAGGAGCAGGGUUGGAAAUUAACAACUUGCAAAUGAGGUGCAAAUAAAAUGCAGAUGAUUGCA